AUGGCCUCUCAGCAUGUGGCACUGGUACUAGUCUUUGUUUUGCAGACCUCAGUGGGGACCCUCGGAAAUUAUUUCCUGCUUUUCCACUACAUCUCCCUUUCCCUCAGAGGACACAGGGUGAGAGCAACAGAUGUGAUUCUCAAACACCUGACCAUUGCCAACUCCUUGGUCAUUCUCUCUAGGGGAGUCACACAGACCAUGGCAGCUUUGGGGGUGACAGACUUCCUCAGUGAUAUGGGCUGCAAACUUGUCUUCUACCUUCAUAGGGUGGGCAGGGGUGUUUCCAUGGGCACCAUCUGUCUCCUAAGUGUGUGUCAGAUGGUCACCAUCAGCCCCUGGACCUCCAGGUGGGCCCAACACAAAGACAGGGCUGCCCAGAACACUGAGCAUUACACGGUCCUGACCUGGAUACUCAGCAUGUCCCUCAAUCUUGUGACUAAUCUAAGAAUUAGCAGGAGUUCUAACAAUAAAAAUAUCACAAAUAGAGAAUUUCUUGAUUCUUGCUCUGCUACAUUUCAAGGUGGAUUGUCAACCCCACUCACUGCAGCACUGUUCUCAGUCCCUGACUGGAUGUCUCUGGGCCUCAUGACGUGGGCCAGUGGCUCCAUGGUCUCCAUGCUCCACAGGCACAAACAACAGGUCCAGCACCUUCACAGAGCUCGUGUCAUGCCCAGAGCUGCCCCUGAGACCAGGGCCACCCAGAGCAUCCUGGUGCUGGUCAGCACCUUUGUCACCUGCUACGCCCUGUCCUCCACCUGUCACCUCUGCAUUGCUCUGUCAAAGUAUCCCAGCUGGUGGAUGGUGAACCUUUCUGCUCUACUGGCUGCAUCUUUCCCCACUGUCAGCCCCUUCCUCCUCAUGAGCUGGCGCUCCAGGCUGUGUGGGCCCUGCCGUGUCUGUGUGACAAACACUAGCCCCCAGUGUAGGCAGGAAAGCAUCACUGAUGUGCUUUGGUGCAACCCCGCUUCUUGCUCCUCUUCCACAGAACCCUCAAGAUGA